AUGAGAAAGGAUGAGGCCAAAAAUGUGUCAUGCAUGACUAGAGAUGAAACAUGGCCGACCAAAGACAUAGUUCUUUCCCAACCUGUAUUUAAUUUCCAAAAGCUUUAUUUACCAUCAACUUCAACAGGCCCUGAAGCCAUCGCCUUUGGCCCCAUCGACCCAUUUAGUGGAGAUCUCUAUACCGGCAUAUCGGAUGGUAGAAUUGUCAAAUAUAAUACAUCUACUUUCAUAGAAGUGUACAUCACUUCACCGAAUAGGUCGAGUGUAUUAUGUGAUGGAACAAAUAUUGCACCUAUUUUGGGACCUAUUUGUGGGAGACCAAUAGAUGCUUAUAAAGGGUUUCUUAUGGGAGGUAAGGAAAAACUUGCACUACAACUAGCCACUGGGGCAGAAGGGGUGCCUUUUAAAUUUCCUGAUGGCUUAAACGUUGACCAAUUAACUGGAGAUGUUUAUUUUACAGAUGCCAGUUCUGUAUUCCAAAUGAGAACUUUUGCAUCUUUGAGCAAUCAUAGACUCUCGUUUAUAAUGAUGCUUAAUGAGACUAAUCAUAAGGAGUGGGUUAGAUCUCUAAUGAUGAAUUUGUCAAUUAUGAAGAUUGACACAACAUUAAAGGAAUAUGCUCUUGCUAAACCGACAAAGGAUAGUACAACUGAAUAG